AUGCCACUGGACGAGCAAGCCGAAGCUCUACUUGCAAAGGGCCCAAAGCUCCACAACAGCACUCCCAUCGUUGCUGAACUUGAAUCAUUUGGCCUUCGCGUUCAAUACUUUUUCCUCGUGUGGGCUGUCAAGCUCUACAUCGCGCUGCAACUAGCCUACCUGCGAUUGUUCGGUCCGCCCACCAAGACACAGCCAACUCUUGUCAAGGCAUAUCCAUGCCGACCAAAGCUCCCUGUCCGAAUCUUCAUGCCCAAAGCUCGACUUGAAGGAAACAAGACUGCCCUUCCACUUUACAUCAACAUUCACGGUGGAGGAUUUGUAUGCUGUGAUGCAUCAAUCGACGACUCGUUCUGCAGAUCAUGGUGUGAGCGUACCGGAAUGGUGGUUGUGAGCUUGAACUACAGUAAGGCGCCUGUUCAUCGAUUUCCGGUGCCUACUCUGGAUAUUGCUGCAGUCGCCCGCGCAGUCAUUGACGAUGAAACGCUGAACAUCGACAAGUCUCGUGUAAUCAUGGGAGGUUUCAGUGCAGGAGGUUCUCUGGCACUUACCGCGUGUCAACUGUCUGAGCUGCAGGGUCGAAUAAAAGCAGCAGUAUCCUACUUUCCUGUCACCGACUGGAGCCAUCCUCCGCCAGUCAAGUGGUCUGAACGUCUUUACAAGGAGAAGAAGUCCGAAUCACUCAACACAGUCGGGCCAGCUCUGAAUUGGGCAUAUGUGCCUGCGGGCCAGGAUCGAACUCAGCAGCUGCUCAGUCCCUGCUAUGCGAGCAAGCAGGAGUUGCCGAAGUGGGUUUGUUUGAUCGGAGCUCAGCACGACAUGUUGUGUCGUGAAGCUCGGAAUAUGAUCUACUCACUUGCUGAUGAAGACAUUCCUAACUCUGGGUGGGACAAGGGUUGGGAGCGGGGCACUUAUAAGUGGCUCCUUGCUAUGGGUGUCAGACACGGUUUCACGGACGAGUUCGGCAGAAAGCCAGGCCGGAGUUCUGAUGCACGAAGACAAGUCUGUGAGGACACGUACGCUGCCGUGCACAAGUGGUUGGAGACAAAAGUACUCAGAGAUUAG